AUGAACGAACACGCGCUGCUGGACGAGGCUAUGCUGGCCUGGUUCCCUCCGACAAGCAGUACCGAUCUCUCCUCGAACACGACUUUCUCGGAAGCCGAUUUGAGAGACAUCUCUGACUUGCUGUACCGGAGCGGCAAGCUUUCGUGGAGUCGCAUACCCCGCAUAUAUACCACGCUACGGCUCAUCAACGAGAUGGACGUUAUCGAUGCAUUUCUUGACCGUGGAAUCACCGAUCUGUCCUUUCCGUUUGAUAAAAGGACCUUGCCAGGGGUUCUCAAAGACCAAACGGCUCGAGUGAGAUUCCUAGACGUUCAGUCAAGAGUGCUUACGAAGGCGCUCGCCUUGGAGAAGGAGAGCGGUAAGCAUCGUCAUUUCUCCAAUCCGGAUGAUAUUCCGUACAAAAAGAUUGCUGAACUUGGGAGAGGAUCCUAUGGGAAUGUUGAUAAGGUUCUUAGCACCGUCAGCUACCGGGAAUAUGCCCGCAAACUCAUUCCUAGGGGUCGUACAUUCCGCCAGGAUCGGAAUGUACUACACGACUUUGAAAACGAGUUACAAGCGCUUAAGAGGGUCUCGCACCGGCACAUUGUCAAGUUGAUUGGAAGCUACACAGAUCCAUAUCAUGUUGGCAUCAUCAUGGCUCCUGUUGCGGACUGCAACCUUAGGGCUCUACUGAACACUCACCCUUUGCCUUCAGAUACUCGUUCCCUUGUCAGAACUUAUUACGGCUGUCUUGCUGGUGCUCUUCGCUAUCUCCAUGAGAACAAGCUGAGACACAAAGACAUUAAACCAGAGAAUGUACUGGUGAAGUCGCACGAAGUGUAUUUCACCGACUUCGGCACCACCUUGGAUUGGUUCGAUGUAGGUCAUAGUACUACGACUGGGCUUGCACCGAAAGGUACACUACGAUAUGCUGCACCAGAAGUUGCGACAAACCAACCCCGAAAUGCGUCCGCAGACAUUUGGUCUUUGGGAUGUGUCUUUCUCGAGAUAUGGACAGAGCUUUGCCACCACUCAACAUCAGAACUCAUCUCGUAUAUGGAAAGCCAUGGUUCCAAAUCAAAGUUCUACUAUGCCAACGUUCCGGCCGUAAAAGAGUGGUGCGAUAUGCUGUCAUCUGGAACCAACGAUGACGCCCGUGUACCUUGCCCGUGGAUUACUUCGCUUCUCGGCGACGAAAACAUAGAGACACAUGUGCAAGCUAAGAAAAUCAGAGACCAGUCACCAAUCUUACAACUUCCAUCUGCCAAUGACAAGCGUACGGUAAACGAGGUGUUACGUCAAUGGUUGGCCAACUUCGAUCCUUCCACAUAUCGCAAGAUCAUGACAGCCAAAGUGUUAACGGAGCCCUCUGUUUUGAUGUAUCGACUGGGAGAGAGGAGACGUGAGCCUGAACUUUCCCCAUUCUACACAGCCCUCACCGAGAAUUACGAUGAACUUGACUUUUGGACCAAGAUCAGUCUUCGUAUCUUAGGCAUCCGUCCGGGCGAUCCUGAAUUCACAAAUUACUUCAUCAACGUAGUGGAAGACACUUUGCAUGUUAUGGAUGGCAUUUCUGCGCCCUAUGUGGAGUAUGGAAACAACUUUGCCUGCUUCUACCCCGAAGGCAUCCUACCGAUCUACGAUGAUAGUGGUACUGUUGAGAUACAAGUUCCCAUGUUGACAGUCUUCUCGGUUGCUGCCCCCAUGGAUGCAGGUGCCGCUCUUAGCGAUGGUAGAGCGACUUUUGAUUCUUAUUCUCGGCGUUCAAAUGUUACCACUGUCACCAAAGAUCGAGGAGGCUCUUCCCGUGGAGCGACAACGGGUAUGGGUGGCCUUGGCGAUACGGCUGCGGCCAACCCGACCGGAGCGAACGUCAACAUCCCGCGAUAUGUAUCAUCUAACGCUAGAGUUCGAGAUGCAGGCCGGAUUAGAGGUGGCGCUCAGCAGCGCGGCACAGGUACUGAUCGUGGAACCGAGAGUUCCGUUCGUCAGCAGAAUUUCUGGGUGGAGAUAAACAAGCCAUAUGACUCUGCGCGACCUCGUGUCGGGACUUCCAAUUUUGGUGCCAUCACUGGCAUGGUGAAACUGGGUGACCAAUUCUUCGCCAGGAGAUAUCGUUUGAACGACCAUAAUCAUGGCGGUGCAUGUAUACACAUCCACCUUCUUGAGGGUGACGGGUGUCCUCGCCGGGAACGUUGUCCUUUCAAGCACGACUGGUACACCAGAGAGAGCUUGUGUCAAAUGCUCGAAAAUCCGGAUAAGACGCAGCACCGCGAAGCUCAUGCCUUACUGAGGCCGUCCUUCUCAAUUUGGUUGGGACAUUGGCGCCGAGGCCAUGUUCCGGAGCGUCAUGAGCCUUUACCCACGCCUUGGUGA